UAUUUUCUGCCAAAGAGAGGUACUGAAGGAAAGAUGCCACACAUUUGUAAUGGAAAGACUAUUCUGACCCCUGCAGGAUCUUUCCUAGCUUGAAUAACCACUUCUGAGAGCAGCUAGAAAUACUUACAGUUACUCCACCAUUUGUAUACAGAGCAUCAGCUUGAAGAUGCUGUUCGACAAACGAGAAAUUAAAAUGAGGAAACUUGACAGCACCAAAGUCCGGCCACUUAAAUCUGAGCAGCUUCUUCGCAUAGAGGACCAUGACUUCGCACUGAGACCUGGAUUUGGAGGGUCGCCAAUACCUGUGGGCAUUGAUGUGCAGGUAGAAAGCAUUGACAGCAUAUCUGAAGUUGACAUGGACUUCACAAUGACUUUAUAUCUCAGACAUUACUGGAAGGAUGAGAGACUUUCAUUUCGUAGUACCAAAAACAAAAGUAUGACUUUUGAUGGAAGACUGAUAAAAAAGAUCUGGGUACCUGAUGUGUUUUUUGUACACUCCAAAAGAUCUUUCAUCCAUGAUACCACUGUGGAAAAUGUCAUGCUCCGAGUGUACCCUGAUGGCAAUGUACUCUUCAGUCUACGAAUAACAGUUUCUGCAAUGUGCUUCAUGGAUUUCAGUAGGUUUCCUCUGGACACCCAGAACUGUUCAUUAGAACUAGAAAGCUAUGCAUACAAUGAAGAUGAUCUGAUGUUAUACUGGAAACAUGGAAACGAGUCCCUGAGCACAGAUGAGCACAUCUCCCUCUCCCAGUUUUUCAUUGAAGAAUUCAGUGCUUCCAGCGGACUUGCAUUUUACAGCAGUACUGGCUGGUACAAUCGACUUUUCAUAAACUUUGCACUCCGGAGACAUAUUUUCUUUUUCGUGCUACAAUCCUAUUUCCCAGCCAUGCUGAUGGUGAUGCUGUCUUGGGUUUCUUUUUGGAUUGACAGAAGAGCCGUUCCUGCCAGGGUAUCACUAGGCAUAACUACGGUGCUGACAAUGUCAACCAUCAUCACAGGAGUAAGUGCCUCAAUGCCUCAAGUGUCUUACAUAAAGGCUGUGGAUGUGUAUUUAUGGAUCAGCUUCCUUUUUGUCUUCCUGUCUGUCAUCGAAUAUGCAGCAGUGAACUAUCUCACCACAAUUGAAGAGAGAAAGCAACUCAAAAAAAGGGGCAAGGCCUCAGGAAUGUAUAAUAUAGAUGCAGUGCAAGCAAUGGCUUUUGACGGCUGCUACCAUGACCCUGAUGUUGAGAUGGACCUGCCUGCUUUCUCCGACCGCUGUGAAGAGAAUGAAACUCGAGCACGAGCAGUCAGUGUCUCCAACGUGGGCACAGCUCGCAUCAAGAGGAAGAGAUCUUUUAAAGGAAAUGUGGGCAGGAUUAUUCUACAGAACAAUCAUGUCAUUGACACAUAUUCCAGGAUUAUAUUUCCCAGUGUGUAUAUUGUGUUCAACUUUUUUUACUGGGGUUUGUACAUGUGAACAGAAAUCAUUACAAGCUAGACUUUAUCUUGCGUAUGAGGAUAAUGCAACGGCAGUAGAGGAACGGGUUAAAAGUUUCUGAAACUGGCUUCUGCAUCAAACCAAGGCUGGUUUGGUUAGCAGCAAAACUACUGAUGAAAAACUCUCACGAGUUUGGUUUUUCAGCUGGACUGCUCCGCGCUUCGUUGGGGCAAUCCAAUGUGCGUGCUACUGCUGCAGAAUCACAGAAGCAUCUUGCUCACUAAGUGUGCCCUUUAUCACACACCUAAACAGAUAGCAGCCCCUGGCCAAUGUAUUACCCAGUAUCCAUCUACAUUCUAACCAUUCCUCUUUAAUCAGCCCUUCUGCUUGUUCUACACUUGCCGUCCAGUUGUUUUGCAGUCAGCACCAAGCACCUUCAAAUGGCUCCUAUCCCUGUUUUACUUACUGCAUUUCUGUUUUGCUAGAUAACUGGUACGCACCUCAGGAGCCUUUGCUCUUUGAUGGUAAGGAAA